AUGCUUCGACUGGUGGCAGCCUGCCCUGCAUCAUGCGCAGUGUGCGCUAAAGAAAAAAAACCUAUAUAUAUAAAAAAAAAAUAUGGUCUUCUCAAAGCUAUUUUAAAGCCUUCAGAGUCUGUGCUUUUCUUCUCCACAGCAGCCCCCGUGACCACAAGGGUUUUAAUCAUCACCGAUGGAUACCUCUCCUCUGUAGAGAACACAAACCUGUCCCUCCUGUUUAACCUUGCCCUGCUCUCCUAGAGCAGGAAUGGCAUCAGGGACGUGCGGGAGGAUGCCCUGCAUGGCCUCACAAAGUUGUGGACAUUGUUGCUGGAACACAACCACAUAUCCAGCUCUUCGCUCUCUGAACACACCUUCAGCAAGCUCCACAGCCUGCAGGUGCUGGUACUUAGCAACAAUGCUCUGAACACUUUGCAAGUGUCCUGGUUUCGAAACACUAGGGCCCUGACCCGGCUCCAGCUGGAUGGGAAUCAGAUCACCAAUCUGACAGACAAUUCUUUUGGAGGCACACAUCUCCCCAGUCUCAGGUACCUGGAUUUAUCUAACAAUUUUAUUUCCUACAUUGGGAAAGAUGCCUUCCAGUCUCUGCCUCAACUGCAAGAAGUGGAUCUUUCCCGAAAUCAGUUGGCCCACAUGCCAGAUGUUUUCACACCACUGAAGCAGCUAAUAUUUCUGAGCUUAAAUAAGAACCAGUGGAGCUGCACUUGUGAUCUCCACCCCCUUGCCAGGGUUUUAAGAAACUACAUUAACUCUUCUGCUCACACGCUCAGGAAUGCCAAGGACCUAAAUUGCCAGCCAUCCACCACAGCUAUGACCACUGCAAAGAGCGUGCUAAGGCUGUCUGAGAUAAACUGCGAUGCCAAGGCUCCCAACCACACUAUGGUUCUAAAGGACAGAAGUCCCAUUCUCCCAGGGCAGGAUGUGACCCUGCUGACUGUCCUUGGCUUUGCAGGAGCUGUUGGUCUCACUUGCCUAGGUUUAGUUGUAUUAAACUGGAAACUCCAAAAAGGCAAAGCAAAUGAACACACAUCAGAAAACCUUUGUUGCAGAACCUUUGAUGAAUCCCUGUGUGCUCAUGAGGCAAGAAAUCACCGCACUAAGCUAUACUGUAACUGCCACCUAACUCAGGAAAACAGGAUAAAGGUCAUGUCCAUUGUGGGGGCCAGAAAAGAAAUGCCACUUUUACAGGAAAACAGCCAUCAAGCAACAUUGGCACCAGAGUCCACAGCCCUUGACAGAUCAUUUAGAAACCUGAAAGGGAAGGACCAUGGGGCAGACAACAGUUCCUUCUGCCUCGAUGGAAGAUUGCUGCGGUCAGGAUGUACAGAGACUUCUGGGGAUAAGGUAGCUUUUAAUGAACCAACCUUACUUACAAGAUGUUGUCCAGAGAGAGUGAAAAAGCUGAGGAAUUGUGAGCCUGGGGAAGUCCAACCUCAAACCCUGUCACAGCAUGUAACAAGAACAAUAGAUAUCAGCAGUGACACAUUUAGUAGAAGAUAUGCAACAUCCGCUUCAGCCUUGGCAAAAGAAAGUCUUGAAAAGCAUUUAACAAAUGAAUCAUGGCAGCCUCCAAUAGAAAAAGAAGACAAUGCCUUACAACCUCACAGGCAGAGACAUUUGAUUACAAGCUCAUCAUCCAAGCCUUUUGAGCCUGAGGAACACUAUGGACAAAAGAUCACACAAAAACAUAGAUUAAAAUAUGAUGAUCCCUGUGGACUGUUAAAAUGGAGCAGGCCUACGUAUUUUCAGCCAUACAAUUCUCUUAUCUGCAAAUAUGUGCCCUGUGAUCAAUUUCAAGAUUAUGUGAAAGAAAAGAAGCCACGCUGUAGAUACUAUUCAAAGCCUGAGAAAUGGCAAAUCCAAACUAACAGUGCAAUAGAAAAAUUCCUUACGAGAGAGGACAACGUAGAAUUAUCAGGGUUAUCUGCAAAAGCCAAGAAAACAUAUUCCCCAAAGAGAGUUAGUUUCCAAGAUCCUGAGUUAGUAGGAAAAGGUAGACUGGUGAUGUCACCUAAAACAGCAACCCAUUGGAAACAGCAGAAAAAUCAAAGUAACCAACGGACCAGCUUGGAUCUCAAAAAACAUAGCAACCUUUGGGAGAGAAAUGCAAGAGGAAAAUGGUUUACUACUGAUGAGCAGCUUCUGAAAAAGAAGAGAAUCAAUCCAUCUGACCUCAAAGGGAAAAUUAAAGGACACAAUUUAAGGAUAAAAUUAAAUUUACAUCCUUUUAGAAAAGUCAGAGUCCAUCCAGAACAGCCCUCUCCAGAGCUCCAAGGUAAAUGCAAGCAUGCAUUGUUGUCUCCUAAGAAAUUAUCCAAAGCUUCUGAGAAAAAAGCCAAAAUAAACCUUGUGUCCUCUGCAGAUUUUCCCCAACAGCCAGAGAAGGACGGCUACAUUAGACUCAUUUCAAAGAGGCUGCCUCUCAAACAUGCCCCAAAGCAGAUACCAUCUUACCAAAAAAACACUAAAAAUGUACCUCUGCUCAGUGCUGAUAACUUGUCUGUGGUCAGCCAGAGCUCUAUGGAAGGCAAGUGUCACCCUACUGGUCACAUUCCUGAUAUAAACCCCUCAACACUGCCUCUGCCCACACUCAUCGUAACUGAGCACAGGCAUUCCUACCCCCAGCUCUCACGUGAGCAAAUGGAAGCAACUCACCUGGCACUGGAAGUUCCUGGCCAUUCACUAGCUACUUGGGAAAACACAAGAGGUGACAUUUUACCAUCCUACCAUUCUUGGGGGGCUAUUCACCAAAGGUCACCAGAGCCCCCUGAGCACAUGGAGCAGGACAGAUCAAAGACCAGUGAGAGCAGGAAGGCAAACCAGUUUUCUUCGUCCCUGAAAAAUCAAAUACAACUUCCAGGUGUCCAAGAGACUGAUGCCUACAAUGAGCAGUGCACUUCAGAUCAAAAUCAAGCUUUACGACAUGGAGAGCAAAAAUCUAGUCACACACGACUUGGCAAUGAAGAAAGAACACCAAUGACAGAAGCCCAGACAUCACAUCAUAUUGUGGAAAGUUGCAUUAGGGAUGAAGUGGAAAAUGAUGUAGGAGAAAACCUCCCUAGAACAGAAACUUAUGAUUCUUCUUUCAUUCCCCAGACACAACCCAAGAGCAAUGUAAAAGUUAUGAAGAUAAAUUCUGUUCCAUACAAAAAUAGAAUAGAGCUUUCCAAGGAUACCAGUACUUCUCCUUUUAGUCAUCAAGCCAUUUGGCAUCUAACCAAUAGUAGCAAAAAAGGAACUGACAGCGCAAAUGCGUUGCCCAGCGAUGACAGCACUGAAGCGCUAGAGAUAAAAAUAGUAGGAGGAGAAGAGAACAAAAUACUCCAUGAAAGCAAGACAAAUUCUGGGAUGUUAAUUCGGACCACGCAAGUGACCUCGAAAGGCACCACCGAAGAGAAGCAGAAAACUUGGGAAAAUGGAAAAAGUGAAAAACAUUUAUUAUACGAUUCAAGCUCUGUCAAGGCGACUAUUACAGCGAAGGAUGUGAGUAUCACAAGUUCUCACGAGAAUGAAAAUCAACCACCUGGCAGUGAAAUAGAUCUUCAAACUAAUAACAACGUAUAUGAUUUAAGAAAAGUUAAAAAUAUUCAACCAGAUACAGAUAACAGUGUACAUAAAGAAGGUGAAGGGACAGCAAGGACAGCGGAGAAGCGUGAAGUACUUUCCCCCUCACCAGAGUUAAAAGACAUUAAUUUUGAGGCAGAAAAUGAGGUACUUCUAAUUCCUACCAGGAGAAAUGGAGCUGAAGACUCCGCUCCAAAACCUGCACUGUAUCUACCAUCUGCUGAAUAUGCUAAUACAUCGCCUUUCCAGGCAGAACAAAGUGAACAAAAUAACUCAAAUAAUAUUCAUUCUCUACGUUAG